GGCGGAGGAGCGGGCGAGACUGAUGCAGCGGACUCGGACGCAAAGGAACUCGAGAUUCGAGAAGUGCAAUGCACACACUCGGUGCGGAGAGAUAGGUACCUACUGCAUCGGCGGCGGUGACGUUCCUCGAAACCCGUGAGCCGCAUACAUGGUCAGAAUUAUACAUACCAAACGAUCCACAUUCCCACGGAUGGAAGGCCCAAGGGUGGUCGCCAGCCGGGGUGCCUAACUACAGGGAUGCGAUACCUACUCUCCAGAAAUGACAUGGCCAUUGGCAGGCUCGCUGCUCAGUGUUGGAGCCUCGUGGACGAUACAUACGCGGGAGUCGGGACCGGGUCACAAAGAGUUUCAGAGUUUCAUACUUGCCAGGUGGGUAGUGAUGGAUUUCAUUCAGCACUUCACUUCAGGCUGUCAGCGUCCGUUCUAUGUACCAGUACCAGGUAGUAGGACGCGACACGUUUUACCUGGGAGUUCCAUGAGUCCCACGAGUUCCGCGAGUUCCACAGGUACCUACUCGUACCGUAUAUAGGCGGUACAUGAGCGGUUGAUUCGUGAAGAAAUUCCUUAGCGAUGUAAUGUUUGUGCCAGUGACACGGUUUGCGACUAUCCACUUGAGUUUGAACUUUCGAGAAACUUUCCUUUGGAAUCUGGAAGCCACGCACGUGGAGUUUUCGCACUUGUUCAAUUGGCCAUAGUCAGUCAUUUUUUCCUCCUUUCCCCCCCCUCCUUUUCCUUUUCCUUCAUAGUCCCAGCGGCGUGGACUCAAUUCAAAAUUUAUCGUGAGUAGCAGCGGCAGCAGCAAAAAGAGUUGCCGCCGUCGUCGAUGUCGUUGUGGUCGGGG